GUAGUCCCGAUAACUGUGACAUCAUCAGAGGGGGUGGCCGUUGGUCUCAAACUUCCGCAUUUGAUUUUCAAACUUAGCUACUCCUGAAAGUUAGGCGUCUGUCCUGUUGAGAGCUGCGUUUGGAUCUCUAACAUGGAGGAUAUGCUGUCAUUCUGGGAUGUGGUGAUAUAUUUCUCUGCAGAGGAGUGGGAAUACCUCAGCCCUGCUCAGUGGAAACUGUACAGGGAUGUGACAUUGGAGAAUUACAACAACCUUGUUUUUCUGGGUCUUGCUUCUUCCAAGCCAUACCUAGUCACAUUUCUGGAGCUAAAACAAGAGCCUUCAUAUGUAAGGAGUCAAGCGGCCAUCACUAUGUUCUCAGGAGGAAAAUGCUAUACAUGCAAAGAAUGUGGCAACAUUUUUGAGGGGAGAAAAGAACUUCAAAAUCAUCAGAUAAUUCAUUUAGGACUGAAGCCCUACAAGUGUGAAGACUGUGGCAAGUCCUUCAGUUUUCCAUCAUUACUUUCUGAGCACAAAAGAAUUCAUACAGGAGAAAAACCGUACAAGUGUGAUAUAUGUAACAAGGCCUUCCAUGUUCCAUCAAACCUUUUUAAACAUAAGAUAAUUCACACAAAAGAAAAACUCUACAAGUGUGAAGUAUGUGGCAAGACUUUCGGUUUUUCAUCAAGACUUUUGUACCAUAUGAAAAUUCAUACAGGAGAGAAACCAUACAAGUGUGAUAAAUGUGGAAAGGCCUUCCACUCUUCACCAUCACUUUAUCAACACAUGGGAAUUCAUACAGGAGAGAAACCCUGCAAGUGUGAUGUAUGUGGUAAGGCCUUCCGCUUUCCAUCAUUACUUUUAAAACACAAGAUAAGUCAUACAGACCAAAAACCCUACAAGUGUAAAAUAUGUGGAACUUUCCUCCGAUGUCAAUCAUCAGUUCAUGAACACAAGUUAAUGCAUAAGGGAGAGAAACCCUACAAGUGUGAUGUAUGUGGCAAGGCCUUUGAAUAUCCAUCAAGACUUUCAAAACAUAAGAAAAGUCAUGCAAGAGAGAAACCAUAAAAGUAUGAAGUAUGUGGCAAUGCCCUCCAUUAUCCAUCAUUACUUUCCAAAUGUAUGAAAACUCAUACAAGAGAGAAACCAUACAAUUGUGAAAUGUGUGACAAGCCUUCCACUAUCCAUCCAUACUUUCUAAACACAGCAUAAUUCAUACAGAAGAGAAUCCCUAUGAGUUUGAAGUAUGUGGUAAAGCCUUUGAUUAUCCAUCUGGACCUUACAAACAUAUGAAAGUUCAUAUAGAAGAGAAACCAUAAAGAUGUGAAGUAUGUGGCAAGGUUUUCAAUUAUUGGUCAAGAUUUACAAACAGAAUUCAUUCAUGAGAGAAACCCUACAAAUAUUAAGUAUGUGGCCUAGCCUUCUAUUGUGCAUAAUUACUUUCUGAAAAGAAGAGAAUCCAUACAGAUGAGAAACUAUAAACUUGUGAUACAUUAUCAGUCAAGUCCUUUAGAACUUCCCACAUUCUUUCUCCUUAUUUGAUAACUCAUUCUGGAGAGAAACCAUACAAAAGUGGAAAAGCCUCCCUUACAAAAUCAUACCUUUUUCUAUACAAGUUGACUCACAAUGUAGAAAAUAUUUACAAAUGAAAAAAGCAUGUCAAAAUGCUCAACAAAUUUAGGGAUUAUCAAAGAAUUCAUCCUGGAAAGAAACCAUAUGAAUUUUAAAAAAUGUGGCAAAUACUUUUGAAGUUUGUACAGAAGAGAAACCAUAAAAGUGUGAAGUAUGUGGCAAGGCCUUCAGUUAUCCAUCAUUACUUUCUAAACACAAGAUAAUUCAUAGAGAAUCCCUACAAGUGUGAAGUAUGUGGCAAGGUCUUCAAUUAUCAGUCAAGAUUUACAAACAUAACAGAAUUCAUGCAUGAGAGAAACCCUCCAGAAACCCUACUGCCUUGAGUCUCACAUGACACAUGGACUGUGGUCUUUCAAACUGUUAUAAUAGUUAAAUAAAUCUGUGGACCUUUCAAGUGGUAACCUAUUUUACUUAUGAAUUGAAAGUAAGGUUGGAGAAAGGGAAGAAACGUUACGAUUUAAAGCUUUUUGGAUAGAGUUAGCAUACUGACUUUGGGAACAAACUGAAUUGCCAACAAGAUCCACACCCAUGUUAGUAUUCUCAGUACCCACAAAAUAGAAGUAAUUACCUCUGAAGGUUGUCCUCUGACCUCCAUGCAUGGGCCCCCACACAAACAUAAAUGUAUGCCCAGAAAUAAAUCUUAUAUAAAACUUAUGUUUAAGUUACACCUUUAAAAUGACUGUGUUUGGGGACUGGUGAGAUGGCUCAGCAGGUAAAAGCACUGAUUGGUCUUCUAAAGGUCAUGAGUUCAAAUCCCAGCAACCACAUGGUGGCUUACAACCACCCAUAAUGAGAUCUGACGCCCUCUUCUGGUGUGUCUUAAGACAGCUACAAUUUACUUAAAUAAAUAAUAAAUCUUUAAAAAAAUAAAUAAAAUGACUGUGUUUUACAUGGACUAGCAUCAAGAAGUAAUGCUUGUAUCUCAGUUGUUAGCAUCAUGAGUUGUAGAAUCAUUUGAGUUGCAAGCCUCUUGUUGAUUUGUAGGAUUUCUCUUGAUUGGUUUAAUUGAUUUCAGAAGGUCUGUUGAUUGCUAUUGGAAGCAUCUUUUUGACUAAGAUGCUGCAGUAUCAGAUAAUACCCUGAGACCAACUGUCCAUCAGUCUCCUGCUUCCUGGCUGUGGAAGGAACAUGACCAGCUGCUUAUGUUCCUGUUGUUUUACCUUUCUCACCAUGUGUUGUGGUGGGAAUAAGAAUUGCCCUAAGGGCUCAUAGAUUUGAAUGCUUAGUCAUCAGAUAUUAGCACUGCUGGAAAAGGAUUAAGAAGUGUGGCAUCAUUGGUGUUAAGUGUGUCACUGGGGGUCAUAUUUGAGAUUUCAAAGGUUCAGACCCAGUGUCCCCCUCUUUUACUGACUAUGGGUCAGUAUGGAUAAUUCUCAGCUACUCUAUAUCUGCCUGCAUUCCAAAGUGCUCCCUAGCUUGCUUCCCACAAUAAUAAUGGACAAACCUCUGAAACUGUUGACAAGCCCCAAUUAAAUGCUUUCUUUUA